AUGUCGUACAUACCAGCGGACGUCACGAACCUAAAGGCGAAAUACAGAAGAGAGAGCAGGUUGGCUGACGUCGAAGACGCAAUAGCUUACUUUGAAGAUAAAUCAAGGGAAGACAGUGAUUUCUUCUACAGGAUAAGAUUGGACGACGAGGACCGUGUCAGAAACAUGUACUGGGUGGAUGGUGCUGCAAGAAGAGCGUAUAGGCAUUUCCAUGAUUGCAUUUCCUUCGAUGCAACGUAUCUCACUAAUAUGUACAAGAUGUCGUGCGCUCCAUUCAUAGGAAUAAACAACCAUAAUCAGUCAUUGCAGUUCGGGUGCGGCCUCGUUCGGAACGAAGAUACCGAUGGUUACACGUGGCUCUUCAAAAACUUCUUGGAGUGCAUGGGUGUAGUUGCUCCGAUGAACAUAAUUACAAACCAGGAUUUCAGCAUGCGAGCAGGCAUUCAGGAGGUGUUUCCCUUGGCAGUGCAUAGGCACUGCAGGUGGCAUAUCAUUAAGAAGGCUGAGGAGGCACUAGGACCAUUUUUUGCUGACCGUCCGGAGCUGCACAAGGCGUUCGAGUUGUGCGUGGACCACAGUUUGACGGUGGAGGAGUUUGAGAGGAGCUGGACGGCUAUUAUUGAAACUUACCAGACUACUCAGCACAACAAGGGGUUCAAUGCUGUGUUGAAGCGGUACAUCAGCCCUGGCAACUCAUUGUUGCAGUUUGCCAAGCAGUACACAGCUUUGCAGAACAAAAUAUUAGGAGCAGAACUACAACAAGAGGCAAACACUGCACUGAAGCAGCCUAAGUUGCUAACAUAUUUACCGAUGGAGAGGCAUAUGAGCAAGAUAUAUACCGGCGCGAUUUUUAACAAGUUCCAAGAAGAAUUAAAGCGUGCCAGCAUGUACACGGCUUACAGGCUUGACGAACACACGUUCAAGGUGUGUUCUCUAAUGGGCAUGUCCUAUUCGGAACCCGAAGACCCGAACAAGGGAAGGAACUACUUUAUCAAGGCGUCUAUAGACGAAGGCGAGUACUACUGCGAGUGCUGCAAGUUCGAACGGGACGGUAUUGUGUGUUGUCACAUACUGAAAGUGAUGGACAUGCUUGCGGUCACGCGCAUGCCACGCCAUUUCAUACGACGGCGAUGGACUUGGGACGCCGACGAAUUGUUGGGGCCACAAACAUCAGACACUGUUUUGGCGGUGCAUGAGGACAGGCCAAAGGCGACCAUGGAAGCCGUGAGACACGUUGUGUUGACCAAGAACUAUGCAGAACUAAUAGACGAAGCAUGCAAGUGUGACGAGACAGCUAGGGUGGCAGAAAAACACAGAAAGGCCCUGAAAAGAGAGCUUGAUGAGAUCAAAAAGCGGAAGGACGAAGAAGCCUUACACAGGUCCCCCCGCACCUCAAGUGUGCCUUCAUCCACGGGUCCUUCCUCUGAAAACUUCGAGAUAGGUUCUGGGACAGCAAGCACACAAACCCAGGUCAGGAACCCGCCCCGUUCCGUCACAAAAGGGCGCCCAAAAGAGGUGAGAUACAAGUCAGGGCUGGAAAUUCAAGCAAAAUUCAAGAAACCGAAAAAGGGGACGGGAAAUACUUAG